CUCACAUGGAGGCAGGCGCCUGAAACCGCGGACUGGACUGCGGAAGGCGUGAGGGAUAUCCGAUAUGAAAGAAGGAGGACCUCUUGAGAUUUGGGUACUAGAGUCAAGUAGGAGCUAGGGAAGCCUGAGGCUACCACGAGGCAGCAUGCUACAUGAGCUAUUGUUUGCACUGAAGGGUCACAGUGGACAUAUUUUCACUGUCCAGAAUGGGAAACUCAAGGUGGGAAAUUCCAUGCGAAUGCUUAUGAUGGAUGAAGAGGCAGUCCUGACUGACCUCUUGGAGCUUGGUACUCAUUUCAUCCACGUUCAAGAAUUCCUUAAAUCGCAAAGGGACAUACAGAUGAGGAAAAGCCAAUAUGUGCAAUACAUGUGUGAGAUCUUGGAUGAGGAGUUGAAGGAGUAUCGAAAAGCCAUAGUGAGAGUGGAGAGAGAAAUGAAGGAAGAUUCAUCACUGUCGCUCACAUUCAUUCAAGAACAACUCCAUCCUUUCCUUCCCUUCCUCAAGGGUCUUUCUGCACUAGUCAGAGAUAAGUCUGGAGAGGAGACACAGAGAGAGAGGGAAGAGGAGUAUGAGAGGAUGGGAGUGAAGGGGAAUGUGACACUGGUGGCAUCUCAGAUCCCAUCAUUUGUCCCUCAGAGUACUGCUGACAAGAUCCUCUUCCUUGGACGCACCAUCUCCCUUUUCGAGGCUUCAAAUGCACCGCAUGGUAUAUUUUCUCUUCUAUCUCUGUUUUCCUUUCCUCUUCACCUUCAGGAGCUGAUCAUGAAGGAAGGAGAAUUAGUGAAAACAUUGAAGCUAGUGAAGGAUUUCUAUCUGGUGGGACGUGGAGACCUUUUCCUAGGCUUCCUCUCAUCUGCUGCACCUCUUCUCUCUCAACCCCCUUCACCUGAUCUCCUGAGAGAGAUGAACCUAUUGCUGCAGUUGGAAGGAGAGAAGCUGGGACUGAAUGAGAGCAUCCUGGAGAGAUUUUCACUUGUCUUCUCUGAUCCCUUGGAGGGAGAUGGACAUACAAGGACAAAGCAGGGGCCUGUGUUGGCCCUUGAUCUUCUUGCUCCUCAGUUGGAUGUCCACCAUCUCUGUGGGUUCCUUCUCACCCCUCAUGCCCUUGGGACAUAUGCCCGCCUCUUCCGAUUUCUCAUCCGCAUCCAUUGGGCCCAGAUCCACAUCAAGGAUGCCUGGGCCAUGAACAUGAGCUUGCGGAAUGAUGGGGAGGUGAUGGACAUGGAAGGAUGGAGGUGUUUGCAUGGAAUGACAUUCCUGGUGAAGAACCUUCAGUCAUACAUCCAGGCAGAUGUAGUGGAGUCUCACAUGGCCCGACUCUUUCAUGGCAUCACUCAGGAGGCUGCAGACUAUGAUGACAUGAAGCAUUUUCAUGAAUCUGCCCUUGCAGGCAUGUCUGCCCAUGCUUUCCUCCUCAACCCUCAUGUGGAAGAAUGUUUGGAGACGAUUCUGAGUGCAUGCGUCGAGUUUUCAUUGCUGGUGAGAGGUGAAGACCAGAGAGGAAGGAAGAAAGAAGAAAUUCGAUUGAAAGAGGAUGAAUUCAGGAAGAGAGUGUGGUUCCUGUUUGAACUCCUCAUGCGAUUGGCUUCCUCGCAGGGACCUCUCCUCAAGUUCCUCCUUCGUCUUGACUUUAACUCCUUUUUUUCCUUGCAUCCUCCUGCCUUCCAACAAUGAGGCUUCAUGACUGACCGUCACAUCUUCCCAUUGAGUCAUGGAAGGGUUCACUUUAUUCAUAGUGAAAGCUUUUCAAAGGGUGUCAUCCUUGCUGUUUUGCUUUGGCGUC